UCUCAACAUUCAAGUUAUGGUAGUGGGAGGCUGUUAACUCGGAUAACUGAACGCACCUACUCAGUUAAAUUACGUUUUAUUUAGCCCCGUGUGAAAGUUGCCGUCUUCUGCAGCUGCCCUGUACGAGGCUGUCGCUAGUGGCAUUCCGACAGCUGCGGUUCGUGGCAUGUGGAGCGAAUGUUUUGUAGCUGCUGUUCUCUAAUACAGUGCCGCUAUGAACGCCCAGUCUCUCAUCACUGUCACACGGAGCUAGCCACCUCCACCAUUAUACUUCUACGCGCGACGAAAGAAUGAAAAGAGAUCAUUGUUUUGCUGCCCGUGUUGUGCAGAAGAAACACCUAAAAAGAUUCUGAGAUGAAGAAGGACAUCGACACGAUAAUAGCUGAGGAACGAGCGGACAUCAUCUCAAAGUAUGACAAGGGCAGGCACAAGGACCUUCACAUCGACCCCUGGGAGGAUGGCGACUUCAGCAUCUUCAAGUUCACUGACCGCUUUGGUUUCAAACAUGAGCAGGAGCUGCCAUCACGAAGUGCAGUGGAGGAGAAGCAAAGACUGCAGGAGAUUGAGCGGGUGGACAAAUGGCUGAAGAUGGUGAAAAAGUGGGACAAGUACAGGAGCAGUGAUAAGAUGGUGAAGCGUGUGUAUAAGGGCAUUCCUCUCCAGCUCCGAGGACAGGCCUGGUCACUGCUGCUGGACGUGGAGCGUCUCAAGCAGGAGAACUCGGGCAAGUACGAGAAAAUGAAGGAGCAGGCCAGGAACUUCUCCACGGAGAUCAAACAGAUCGACCUGGACGUGAACCGCACUUUCAGGAACCACAUCAUGUUCAUGGAGCGCUUCGGAGUCAAGCAACAAGCUCUGUUCCAUGUGCUGUCAGCGUACUCUGUGUACAACACGGAGGUGAGCUACUGCCAGGGCAUGAGCCAGAUCGCCGCUAUCCUGCUCAUGUACAUGAACGAAGAGGAUGCCUUCUGGGCUCUCUCCCAGCUGCUGACCAAUCAGAAGCACGCAAUGCACGGGUUCUUCAUCCCGGGGUUCCCCAAGCUCCACCGGUUCCAGAGCCACCACGAGCAGAUCAUGUCCAAACUUAUGCCCAAGCUGAAGAAACAUCUGGAAAGGGAGCAGAUGUUAACUGGGAUCUAUACCACCAAGUGGUUCUUGCAGUGCUUCAUCGACAGGACUCCGUUCACGCUGACCCUUCGUCUGUGGGACAUCUACAUCAUGGAGGGGGAGCGGGUCCUCACAGCCAUGGCCUACACAGCCCUCAAGCUGCACAAGAAGCGCCUGCUGAAGAUGUGCCUUGAGGACCUGCGGGAGUUCCUGCAGGAGGAGAUCGCCACCUCGUACUGCGUCAGCGACGACCUGGUCAUCGAGCAGCUGCAGGCCUCCAUGUCCGAGCUGCGCAAGAUGAAGCUGGACCUGCCUCCCCCAGCAAAGGGAGACGAGCAGCCGAUGAGGCCGCUGGGUCAGGAGCGCCCGGUGCUACUGAUCCCGGUACAGCCCCAGUCCGUCGCCCCGGCUGCGGCUCAGCCUCCGCGACAGGACGUCAUCUCGCCGGACAAAACCCCGUCUCCCGUCGCCCAGCCGGAGCCUAGGACCCUGGGGCAGUCGGAGCCCCCGGCCCUGCCCUCGCCGGACCCCGUGCUCGUGCACAGCCAGUCCCUGCCGACGCCGGAGGAGGAGCCGGCGACCGCCAUCGGACGGAGCGGAGCGAAGGUUCCGGCGGACGACGACGACAACGGCAACGUUGCCGUCGCGGCUACCGAGUGGCCGCCGCCUCCGAGCCUGGAGCCGGACCGCCGCAGCGUGGACUCGCUCAACCUGCCGGACCUGCCGCCGCCGCCUCCGCUGUACAGCGACGAGCCUCGGGCCCUGGCGGCGCGCUCGGCCGUUAGCGGCGGCGGCGGCGGCUUCCCCGGCGGUCCCGAGCCGCUGGCGCUCAUCCUGGAGGAGCCGGGCGCCCGCAUCGCCCUGCAGCCGCCGCGCUUCCCCACCAGCCUCGCCGUGCCCUCGCCCGCCGGCGACCGCCGGCCCUCCAACACGUCGCAGUACGACAACCUGUCGGAGGGCGAGCCGCGCGCCGACACGGAGGACGAGGAGGAGGAGGACCGCUACCUGCAGAGGCUCCUGGAGCAGGCGGCCGGCCUGGACCACGGCGCCGCCUCAGGUGCGAUCUCCGGCCACCAUCCAGCGCGGGGCACCCGCGGCCUGCCCCCACCCCCACCCGCCAGGAUCUCCUCCUCCAUCUCCUCCUCCGCUCUCCCCCCACCCCCACCCAGCUUCUGUGUCUCGGACAAGCCCCCCACCCCUCCUCCGGAGUUCUGCACCCCCACGCCCCCCCACCUGCCCCAGGAGCUGGAGUACCAGGGCCAGGACUGCUGGGUCACUCCGGACUCCGUGUUCCCCUUGCCGCCGCCCUGCUUCGCCGACCGGCUCUCCCUGACCCCGACGCCUCCUCCCUCCACACCGCCCUCCACCUCCCCCAGACCCUGUGUCCACUCGGCCAGCAGAGAGGCCCUCCGGCUGGGGGCUCUAGGCCACCGCGGGUCCCCCACCUCGGGGCUACGAGUGCCCCCGGGACCUCCACCCGUCUCCCUCAAACCCUCCGCACAACCCGCAGGCUCCCGCGCGGCACUCACGCCCGACACGGACUUCUACCGCCUGCACGCCAACACCCACCAGCUGCCAAAGUCGGUGACCUUCUAGAAGCCAUACUAGUCUGACCACCAAUGACCCUUCCUUUACGUACUUGUCAUGUGUAUUUAUACUGUUUAGCGAUUCAGUAUGUUAUUGUUCUGCGAAGUUUGGUAGACAGCAAAAAGACAAGUGUUUUGUUUUGAUGAACAUUUUCUUACUUGGGGAUCAAACGUUUUAUAAAUAUUUUUCAUUCAGAAGCUGGACUUGUAUGAAGGGCAUAUUUAAUUUUAAGUUGUCUGUGCGUUUGUAGAGAGUUUGAUACUAUUGUGUGUGUGCGAGUGUGCGUGUCCUUGAAUGCUAAGAAAAGCCAUGAGUGCGUAACCUUAGUGUUAGUAUGAGUGAACUCCCUUAAGCAGUAUUAAUACAACCAGCACUGAGAUAUCACUUCUCCACCUUAUCAGACUGUUUUGAAUUCAACACGGCGCUCCUCUUGCAAGCACUAACUGGUCAUCUCCAGAAGUGCCCCCCCCCCCCCCUACACAGUACACACACACACACACACACUCACACACUCUCCCUUUGCCCGCCAGCCUGGUGCUGUGUGAGCAGGUUCACCAAUGCCCUCUCAGUGUCCACAGCCGGCCAUGCCCAUGUUAGCAGACGCUAGCGGCUCUGCUGUUUGUCACGCAUAUCGUCAUGGAAGUCACACCUUUUAAAUAUGCACCACAACGCACACACACACACAUAUACACCCACACUCGCACAACCAGGCAGAAACUAAUCUGCUAUCACUUCCUGUUUGCUAGUGUGUUGCCUAUGAGUAAUACUUCCUGAGUUCUACAGUCAUCCUCUUUUUGUUUUGUUUUGUUUUGGUUUGAAAUUGUGAAUAUAACAUAUAAGUCUUGGCUUUGUUUUAAUAUUACAGUGAGUUCUGUUUAAAAAGGAAUACUGUAAGCCAAAUGUAAAGAAAUAAGAUGGCGGUCAUAUAUAUAUAUAUAUAUAUGAAUAUGAAUAUGAAUACGAGAAGACACUUUUCAAUAUCACAGACAGAAAGGUGCACCUUUGUACUGAACUAAGGCGUCAACCAGGGGAUGUCCCAGUAGUGUGUAGAUGGGUGUCUGCUGUGACCACGCUACCAUUAUAUCAGAUGUCCGACGGGAGUGUAGCAGCCAAGUGCCAUUUCUGAAGCAAUAGCGCCACCUGGAGGAGGCAACAUUUAUUGGUGUACAGAAGUUCAUCAUUUUUUGUUUGUUUAUUUUCUGUGUGGUUCUUAUGAAGGUCAUAUAAUGCUUUAUUAAUUUAUAGUGUUGUCUGUUUUUUUUAUAUUUCUCUUCUACUCAUGUUUGUGUUUUGUGUACAGGAAGUAUUUAAGUUUUCAGCACGAGUGUCUCAGGUGCAUCCUCCUGUCAAGGAGAGAGGAACUCCAAGCCAAAGGCUGUUGAAUGGUGUGUUAUAUCACAUAAGGAAAAAAAGAAAGAGAAAGCUUAACUUC